UUAAAAGGCACGAGAGAGAGAGGCAGCUGGAGAGGAGAAGUCUCAAUUUCCACUCGUUAGAUUUGACCAAAAAUAAAAAGAAAAAAAAGGAAGCAAAUUCCAAAACAGAAAGAAAAAAGAAAACCUAAUUUUAUAUAAUUCCCAUUUAAACGAGAGAGAUACGAUGAUGCGAGAGAGAAAGAUUGGGAGGGGGAUAUGCAAGAUGGCGCAUAAUAGCAGCAGGCAGCAGCAGAAGUGUUUGUUUCUGGGUCCUUGCCUUUCUUUUCUUUUCCUUUUUAUGCCUCACAAAACCUAAAAAGCCCACGAGAGAGCGUAUCCUCUCCUUUUAUCCCUUCGCCGCUUCCCUCUCUUCUCCCAGAUCCACACAGAUCUUCGCUCUCUCGCCGUUUCAGAAACCGUUUUUUUUCUUUCUCUCAAUUCGAUAACCGUCAGAUCUCAUCGUUUUUCAUCGGUUCCAGGGGUUUGCUAAGUGCUGCUAACAUAUCUUCCAGCGAAGAUGCAGCAGGCCUAUGAACAAGACCUUGAUGAGGAAGCUGGCUAUGAUGACUAUUACAGUGAUGAUAAUGGAUUAGAUGAGUACGACGAGGAAGAAGAAGAAGAAGUGCCCCCGAAGGAAGAAGUUGAAUAUCUUGAAUUGCGUCAAAGGAUCAAGGAGUCUAUCAGGAAAAAAUCGGGCAGUGGAGGUGUUAAUGCUCAAUCUUCACAAGACAGAAGAAAAAAACAACUCCCUUACAACGACUUUGGUUCCUUCUUUGGUCCUUCACGGCCUGUGAUAUCCUCGAGGGUUAUUCAAGAAAGCAAAUCCUUGCUAGAAAACGAGAUAAAGAACUCAAACCAACCGAAGAAAAGACCUGUUCCAGCUAGCAAUUCGGGAGAUAAGAAUGUGUCACAUGAGAAGAAGCGGCCUAAAGUUGUGAGUGCUACAAGAAGGAAAGUUGAGACUCUUAAGGACACACGAGACUAUUCCUUCUUGUUUUCCGAUGAUGCAGAGCUUCCUGCUCCGAAGAGGGAACCUCUGUCUCGAAGUGGCUCCUUUCCUAAUUCCGGUAGGCUUUUUGCUGAUAUUCAAGAAGCUCGAUCUGCGAGACCCAAACAAUCACCAGCUGUCAAUGGUAGAGCUGCUCAAGGUCCACCACCUCGUGAGGAUAAGAGACAUGUUGUUUCUGCUAAUGGCCAUUCACGACCGGCUUCCUCUGGCGGCCAAAUGAAUCACUCAAGACCGACGUCUGGAGGCCAAAUGCAGGCGAGAUCUGUCUCGGGGAGACCCACUUCUUCAGGCAGCAGCCAAAUGCAGAAAUCAAGACCGGCUUCCUCUGGUAGCCAAAUGCAAAAUUCAAGACCAGUUUCCUCUGGUAACCAAAUGCAGCAAAGAGCUGUAUCCUCUGGAAGCCAGAGACCUGGUUCCUCGACAAACCGUCAACCAACCAUGAGACCACCAGGUUCAACAAUGAAUGGCCAAUCAGCUAAUCGGAAUGGCCAGCCAAGUUCCAGAUCAGAACACCAAAGACCAGCUCCUGGGAAGGUGCCCGUGGAUCAUAGGAGGCAGAUGAGCAACAGCAGCAGCAAUGGAGUUGGUCCUGGUCGGUCAGGGUCCACAGCAAGACCUUUGCCUUCUAAGCCUUCACUGGAGAGAAAGCCCUCCAUCUCCGCGGGAAAGAGUUCUCUUCAAAGUGCGCAAAGACCACCGUCCUUGUCCAGACCAGUGUCAUCUGAUCCUAGGCAACGGCUGGGAGAACAGAGAAAGGUCAACCCAACCACAUCCCGAAUGAUCCCAAAACAACCAGUGCCUACCUCAAGACACCAGAUGAUGAGUAAACCGGCAGCCAAGAGACCUCCACAGCGUGACAUACAUGAUGAUCGGAUGCCUUUGAAGAAGAAGAAGCCUGCAAUAAUGUCAGAGGAUGCUAAGGCAUUGAGCAUGAUUAGACAAAUGUUCAAUACCAAUCGUUACGCUGGACGUGACGAUGAUGACAGAAACAUGGAAGCCAACUUCGACGAUAUCAUGAAGGAAGAGAGACGAAGUGCGAGAAUUGCAAGGGAGGAAGAUGAAAAGGAAGCGCAGCUGAUAGCACAAGAAGAAGAGCGAGAGAGGCUGAGAAAGAUUCGGAAGAACCGUUAGAAGUUAGAAAGAGAUCUUUGAACUGUCUUUAUUUAAUAUGACUUCAGAUUUUUUAGUGGCUCUCGCAUUUGCAUCUCUUUGGCUUUGGCUGCUUGGGGCGAAAAGGGUUUUAACUUUUAUUUUUGUUUUUUAAUUGUACAAUUAGUAAUAAUAUCUUUUGUUGGUGAAAAAGCUUAUUCUUUUUCUUUGGUAGAACAAGAGAACGAUGUAGAAAAAUUAGAAACAGAGAAGUAAUAUCUUUAGUUUGAGAUGA